AUGGGACAUCAGGUGAUAAUAUUUGACAUUUCUGUUGUAAGAGGCUUCUGGGAAACUCAAGUCAAGAAGUAUAAAGAAACUCGAAAGAAGGAGAAGGAAAGAUUAGCACAAAGCUCAUUAGAGAAGAUAAAACAAGAAUGGGACUUUGUACUAGAGUGCAGAAAGAAAGGCAUUCCACAAUCUGCAUACCUAAAGAAUGGUUUCAUAGAUACCACUGUGAAGGUCUUGGAUAAAACUGAGAAGAACUCUCAGCUCUGUAAGAAGAGAACUUUGUCAGAUGAAACAGACAAAGAAAGAAGCAAGUUUAUUUUUCAACUUUCUGGAGAUCACUGGACGGAAUUUCCAGAUUCAUUGAAAGAACAGACACAUCUGAAAGAAUGGCAUAUCUACAAAACACAGAUACAAACCAUUCCAGCCUACAUUGCCCUGUUUCAAGAGCUGAAAGUAUUGGAGUUAUCAAAUAACCAGAUCACACAUCUUCCAGUUGAAAUUGGUUGUUUAAAACAACUGAAAGAACUCAAUGUGAGUUUUAAUAAUUUGAAGAGCAUCCCUCCAGAAUUGGGAAACUGUGAGAAUCUGGAAAAACUGGAUUUGGCUGGAAAUAUAGAACUUACAGAGCUCCCAUUUGAACUAAGUAACUUGAAACAAGUCACAUUUGUGGAUGUGUCAGCAAACAAGUUCCCCACUAUUCCAAUUUGUAUACUCCGGAUGUCAAGUUUGCACUGGCUGGAUAUUAGCAACAACAAACUGAAAGAUCUCCCACAAGAUAUAGACAGGCUCGAUGAACUGCAGACAUUUCUCCUGCAGAAAAACAAGUUGACUUAUCUUCCACGAGCUUUGCUCAAUAUGCCAAAACUCAGCUUGCUGGUGGUUAGUGGUGAUGAUCUGGUCGAGAUACCCACAGACGUUUGUGAAUCACCCACAGGUUUAAAAUUUAUAAGCCUUAAGGAUAAUCCUCUUGAAACAUUCUUGUAUCACGAUACUGAAGACAUCGUAGAAAGUCAACGUGAUCGAGAGCAAUUUGAGAAAGAAUUUAUGAAAGCCUACAUUGCGGACAUAAAAGAAAGAGAAACUAUGCCUUGCUAUACUACAAAGGUAUCAUUUAGUCUCCAGCUCUGA